AUGGAAAAUGCAAAAAAUAAAGCUUUAAUUAAUGAAUCUGAAUCUAAGAUAAGAAUUGUGGAUAUUCCAGUUAAUUAUAAUGAGGGAGGAAUUAGACCAAUUUUAGGUUGUAUUUCAUAUACAAUAUUAAUUCUAACUUGGGGGUUUUCAAUAUUUAUACCAGUUGGAUUAGUUUAUUGGUUAUUUAUUGGAAAUUGGAACAUGGUAUUGUUUCUUUUAACCAUUAUUUUUAUUCCAAUAACAUUUAAUUGGCACGAUAAUGUGCCUGAUGUAAUUAAAUAUUUAAGUAAUUUACUAACAAGAGAUGUUCAUCAUUGGACUGGCCCUGGAAAAAUUAUUAUUGAGGACCCAGAUUUUGAAAUUAAUUCAAAACAGUUAUUAUGUUUACAUCCGCAUGGUAUAUUAGGAAUAGGAUCUAUGUAUAUAAUAAUCAGUGGAAUUUUUUCAAAUCUACAUUUAAUAGUCACAGAAUCACUAGUAUGGUUACAACCAAUAAUUAGUGUAAUAUUAAAUUCAACAGUCAAAUUAAGAGGAGCUUCACAUAUUUCUUUUAAACAAACAAUGAAAAGGCAAGAAGGACCAUUAAUCAUGUUUCCUGGAGGAUUUCAUGAAACUAUACUUUUAAAUUGGGGUAAAGAUAGUAUAUUUAUUGAAAAAAGAUUUGGAUUUAUAAAAUAUUGCUUAAAAUAUAAUUAUUCAAUACGUCCAGUAUAUGUUUUUGGUGAAUGUUUAUCUUUUCAUCAAUUUCAAUAUUUUAAAAAAAUUAGAUGGUUACUUAAUGAUUUUAGUUUACCAAGUGUCAUUUUUUGUGGGGAAACUUGGUGGAAUCCUUUAUUACCAGUUAGAGGUGUACCUUACUUGAUAGUUAUUGGAAAACCUAUUAAUAGUGAUAUUAUUAAUAAUUCUUCAAAUUUCACAACAAACAAUAAUAAUCCAUCCAGAGAGAUUGUUAAAAAGUAUCACUCUAUUUAUGUUCAAAAUCUCAAAAGGAUUUACAAUCAUUAUUCUCCUUUUUAUCAGUCAUUUUUUAAAGAUAAUCCUUUACUUGAAAGGUACAUAAAAGUUAAAUCAAAAGAACUUAAUAUUGAAUGA